AUGGUCGACUAUGCCUCCACCUACCAUGUCAUGGUGAGGGUGAAGGACGCCAAGGCCAAGACACUUGCAGCAGCCGUGAGGGACUACUGGAUCGCGUGGGCGGGACCUCCCCGAACCUUCUCGUUGGACCUGGACAGCGGGUUCAAGAACGUCUUCGAGGACAUGUGCUAUGACAUCGGCGCUUACAUGUCCCACUCCGCGGGGACAGCCCACUGGCAGCAUGGACUGGUCGAGAGGCGCAACGCUGUCUGGAAAGACAUCUGGGACAGACUCGUCGAGAGCGAGGCCGUGACGGAGAGCGAGGUGGCGUGGGCCAUGGCGGAGGUGUCGAAUGCGAAGAACCAGCUUCGCAACAAAGAUGGCUACUCGCCACGGCAGCUCCCUGGAGACGUGGUCGAUGGGGCCAAUGACCUCUCCGCCCUGAGCAGCUUCAGCAUCGACUCGAAGCUUCAGCGGCAGAACGCCAUCCGUCAGGCGGCCAGGAUCGCUUUCUUGCAGGUGCAGACCAGUGAGGCUGUUCAGAGGGCAGUUGCGCACAAGAGCCGGGUGAGGAAGUACAACUUUGAGCCUGGCGACCUGGUCUAUGUUUUCCGCGAGCGGCGGCCCACUGUCAAGGGGAAGCGCGCUCAGAAGCAGUGGCUUGGUCCGUGCACCGUCGUGGGCACCGAAGACCAGAACUUCUGGGUGUCCGAGGGCGGAAGGUGCCUGCUGUGCGCCCCGGAGCACCUGAGACCGGCCGAGGCCAGCGAGAUCUCCGAGCUGCUCAAGAUCAAGGCGGCCAUGGGGGACAUCCAAGCGCUCAUCGACGAGGACAAGAAGCUGGGCGUUGGGUUUGCCCCGAACGAGUCAGUGGACAUCCCGAAGGGGAUGGGCAACGAGGAGGCGGCGCCGAAGGAGGUCUUCCACGACAACCGGACAGCCGUGGGGUGCCUGAGCUGGGUGGCGAAGGAGACGAGGCCAGACCUGGCUUUUGCGGCGAAUGUGGCCCAGUCGCGACAGAACGCCCCAAGCAUCCGGGACAUCAAGGUGACAAACGCCGCGGUGAAGCAGGCCCGGGAAUAUCAGGACUUUGGGGUGAUGGUCGCCCGGAUCCCGAUCAAGGACAUGUCCAUCGUGGUGUACCACGACGCGGCCUGGCGGAACGUCGACCUGGAGGACGAGGACCUGGGCGAUGUGACGGGACACAAGGUCGGCUCGCAGCUCGGCUACUUAAUCAUCGGGAAGAGACCCGGAGCUGCCAGCCUGCUGGCCUGGAGAUCCCACACAUGCCGGAGGGUGUGCCGCUCGACUUUCGCAGGAGAGACGAUGGCGUGCUGCGAAGGGAUGGAGUGCGCCAUUCAAAUGCGGGCCCAGCUGCUUUCCCUGAAGCUGCGCAGGCUGGUCUCUGAGGACGAGGCGGCAAGGAUGAUCCCGGUCCACGCGGUCACGGACUGCCGGUCGCUUUUCGACUUCGUCCACCGAUGUGGGGCUCCGAAGGCGACGGCCGACAAGCGGCUAGUGAUCGACCUGGCUUCGCUUCGCCAGAUCUUCUUGAACGAAGCCCGAGGAUGGUGGCACCGAGAAAGAGGGACGGACAAGCCUGCCGUCGGCGACCCGCUGAAGAUCCCGCUCCAUUGGGUGCCGAGUGAGUGCCAGCUGGGAGAUGUGCUGACAAAGCAGCUCAAGCCGGAGGCUUGGUGUUGGUGGAAGGUCAUUUUGGCCCCUUUCUUUUUGGCCGUGCAUGUGCACAACCGGCUCUGA